GCUUGCGUCAGACGUGAAAAGAACGUUCCAAAACCAGUCCCUUGAAGACGUUGUGUUUUCAGAACAGAAAAUGCUUCACCCUCUGCUUCUGUGUUGUCUUGGUUCACUCCUGGCUGUUUCAGAGUGCCUCCACAUUUCGAAGAGGAUCAUUGGGUGCUUUGAUUUAGAGCAGUGCUUAGAGGUUCUCAACGUAUUCGACAUGGUGGAUUUUCUGAGCAUUGUGUCUUUGACUGAAGAGAAAAACUACAUUCUACUUUGUCAAUCCGUUGUGACUUUACAAGUCUGUUAUGAAAAAUAUCAAGACGAUUGCUAUGAUCCAUGGUAUUCGACUAUAGUGAGGCAUUAUAUCCAGGCUUCGGAGUACUUGUGUUCGGAUGAAGGAAAAGAAGAAUCUGCACAGCGUAGUGGUCAAGAUGCUUUCAGCUGUGGUCAAUCUCAUCGUCUUGGUUCUGUUGGUUGCGGUCAGUGAGUGUGUGGGCAGUUUUCCCUGGAUCAAUGAGUAUGAAGGACCGAUGGAUUUCAAAUGCCCUGUGAACCAAACGUUCAUGUAUUUGUCCAGCCUCCACGAGAAUAGAUACGAAGACAGAAUCUGGGAGAUUUACUGUCGCAGUACAGAUUUAGGGGACCUCUGUGUUCAGUCCGGAUACGUGAAUGAAUUUGACGCGACCAUCGACUACACCUGUCCAGGAAACAAAAUCUUGACUGGCAUCUCCAGUUACCAUGACAACAGCAAGGAAGACCGACGCUUCAAGUUCACCUGCUGCAGAGGCACCAAGUAUUUACUGCGUGACUGUCGCAGCACCGACUUCGUGAACGACUGGGACAACAAGCUGACCCUGUUCGUGCCAGAAGGUCAGGCCAUCAGGUCAGUCUACGCCAUCAACGACGAAGGACGAAGAGAUCGCCGCUUUAAAUUCGUGCUGUGCAGUUUGUAAACAUUUUAGUUUAAAGAUUAGUGACUACACUUCUGGAUAUUAGUGUAGACUUGUAUGUUUCUGUAACAUAUCGUAUCUUGUGGAAAAAAAAAGUUUAUUCAUUCCAAUAUAAAAUCUAUAUGUCAAUAUUUAUAGAUAAAUAUUUAUGCCGCAUAUGUGAAAGUAAUAACAAAACUAUGUAUUGGAAAGGUUAAGUGCAUAAAUAAAGAACGAAAUAAAGAAUAUGUUAUGUUAUCAUUGAAGAUACAUUAUAAGUACGAUUAACCUCAACAGUAAUAUGAAUAUAAAAUAAUUUUCUUUUUAUUUAUGUCCCUCCUUCAUGAAGGAUGGGCGGAAAGCUGAUCUCAAAAAUGACCCAAACGAUUUUUCUAGAAAUUUAACAGUUGAUGUAU